GUGUGUGUGUGUGUGUGCGAGCUGACAGGUAGAAAGCUGCCGUCUCUCGGUGAGUUGCGGGCAAUGCGGUGAACAGUUUUUAGUAAAUAUUCAGACAUGGUGGUUCACUCCAGCAGCCAGAUGAACCAUGUCCACUGAACUUCGCUGCAGACUUGCAGCUCAGUGGUGAACGUGGGCGAAGAUACCGCAGGAACAAACGGGAAAUCCAGCUGUCAGCUGGCCCGGGAAAACCGAUCACACCACCCGGCUUCCGGGGAUUCAGGGGCCGCAUCGGUUGACGGCAGACGUCGGUCGGCAGCUCGGGGGGAAGAGGGCGAGCAGCCACAUCAUCGCCGACAUCCACCUCUCGGUUUCUUCCACUUUCCGAGAUGUCAAGGAAGCUUCAGAGGACGGAAGUCUGCGCCGACUGCAGUGCGCCAGACCCCGGCUGGACCAGUAUAAACCGAGGGGUCCUGAUCUGUGAUGAAUGCUGUUCAGUUCACCGCAGCUUAGGGCGGCAUAUCUCCAUAGUCAAGCACCUUAGGCACAGUGGAUGGCCUCCAGCACUACUUCAGAUGGUUCAGACCUUGGCCAGUAAUGGAGCCAACUCCAUAUGGGAACACAGUCUCCUGGACCCUGCUCAGGUGCAGAGUGGUCGAAGGAAACCCAACCCCCAGGACAAAGUCCAUCCCACUAAGUCAGAGUUCAUUAGAGCCAAAUACCAGAUGCUGGCCUUUGUGCACAAGCUGCCCUGCCGCGAUGAUGAUGGCGUCACCACCAAGGACCUCAGUAAGCAACUCCACUCCAGUGUGCGAACCGGGAGUUUAGAGACGUGUCUUCGGCUCCUGUCCCUCGGUGCUCAGGCGAACUUCUUCCACCCGGAAAAAGGCACUACCCCGCUCCAUGUAGCAGCCAAGGCAGGCCAGAUCUUGCAGGCCGAGCUCUUAGUGGUGUACGGCGCAGACCCUGGAGCACCUGACAUUAACGGACGUACGCCUAUGGACUAUGCAAGGCAGGCUGGUCAUAUAGAGUUAGCAGAGCGGCUUGUGGAGUGUCAGUAUGAGCUGACAGACAGGCUAGCCUUCUACCUGUGUGGACGGCGUCCAGAUCACAAGAAUGGGCAUUAUAUCAUUCCUCAAAUGGCAGACAGAGCUCGUCCUAAGUGCCCGACACAGAGCCUGGACCUGUCAGAGCUGGCCAAGGCUGCCAAGAAGAAGCUCCAAGCGCUCAAUAAUCGGCUGUUUGAGGAGCUAGCGAUGGAUGUCUACGAUGAGGUGGAUCGCAGAGAAAAUGAUGCAGUGUGGCUUACGACCCAGAACCACAGCACUCUGGUAACAGAACGCAGCGCAGUGCCCUUCCUACCAGUCAAUCCUGAAUACUCUGCCACACGCAACCAGGGCCGUCAGAAGCUGGCCCGGUUCAAUGCUCGGGAGUUUGCCACGCUCAUCAUCGAUAUCCUGAGCGACGCGAAAAGGAGACAGCAGGGAAAAGGUCUCAGCAGCCCUUCUGACCCACUGGACCUGGGUAUUGAUGAUGACCAGCAUGACUAUGACAGCGUAGCAUCUGAUGAAGACACAGACAGUGAGCUGACCACCCAGAACAACAACAACACACAACGCAGCAACCGAGCAAAGAGUAUGGACUCAUCAGACUUGUCAGACGGUCCUAUCACCCUGCAGGAGUAUCUUGAGGUGAAGAAGGCCCUGGCCUCCUCAGAAGCCAAGGUGCAGCAGCUGAUGAAAGUCAACAACAACCUGAGUGAGGAGCUGCGGCGGCUCCAAAAGGAGAUCACACGGAUGCAGACAGAGAACAGUGCCCUGCGGGGGGGCCAGCAGGCUGGGGGGGCAGUCGGCCAUGGGGAAGGGGGCCCUGGUGGAGGAGGAGGAGGCCACUGGCAAGGGGGUGUGAUGCGAGGAGGAAUAAGUGGAGGGGGUCUGGGUGGGUUUGGGCCUGGAGCGGACAGCCCGGGGCUCUCUGUGUCCUCCUCCGUCGCUCCCCACUCCCAUCCCCACCGGAGAGACCGCCAGGCAUUCUCAAUGUACGAGCCAGGGGCGGCCCCCGGCCCUAAGGUCCAUGGCCCCCCAGCCUUGGACUCCCUGGCAGCCCGCCUGCAGCCCCUCAACACACCCAGCGUAAGGAAGGGUAGCACAGGGGGUCCAGUGUCGUAUGGAGGCCAACAUCUGUCUGGAUCUACAGAGAUGGGCAGAUACAUGGUGUCCAAACCAGAGAAGCACGGCAGUGGCACAGACAGUGACUAUGACAACACACAAACAUAUGACCUCUCGCUAAGUAUGGGCCGCAGCAGUGAGGAGGAGGGUGGAGGUGGGGGCGGGGAGACGGGGGAGCCAGACCCCACCCUGCCUUGCACAGAGGACGUCAUACUGAAGACUGAGCAGGUGACCAAGAACAUCCAGGAGCUGCUCAGGGCUGCCCAGGAGUUCAAACACGACAGCUUUGUUCCAUGUUCUGAGAAGAUCCACUCUGCUGUCACUGAGAUGGCCUCACUCUUCCCAAAACGUCCAGCUUUGGAUGCAGUCCACUGCUCCCUCCGCCUGUUGGCCUCCAGUGCCUCGCGGUUGCAGGUGGAGUGCCGUAAGGCGGUGCCCUCGGAGCCUGGGGCCCCUGCAGUGGACUACCAGCUCCUCACUCAGCAGGUCAUCCAAUGCGCCUAUGACAUCGCUAAGGCCGCCAAGCAACUGGUCACCAUCACCACUCGUGAGAAGAAACAGUGACCCAACAAAUGCAUGGAUGGAUAGAUUGAGAGGGAAGAGGAAGAAAGAACAGAUCAAUGCAUGGGUGGGCUGAGAGGGAACAGAGGGGCUUCUAGGAUAUUGAUGAAGACGGAUAAUGUGAUCACACUAAAGAUGGGAGGACGGGGAGUGACCGAGAGAGUGAUGGGCACGACGAGGAAUGGAAAAGAAGAGAGAAGUUUGGAAAAUGCAUGGGAAAGGAAUCGGAUGGAAGCGCUCAAGGUUGAGAUAUAACACGAGGACUGAAAAAGGAGAAAUUCCACAAGUGUGGAAGUGAGAGUGGGGGAGGACGAGCGGGAGGAACUAACAUGGGAACUAGAGUGUGGAGCAACAAUUGGAAUCAGAUUUGUAUAAUAAACUGUUUAACUGUGAUGAGCAUAUGUGAAAUACAGAGGUGGCGAUGUACAGUGAACUGGAUCCUGAGCUGUUAACCGCUUUAUUUAUUCUCACCUGUCCCUCGUCAUCCCUCCCUCCCUGAUCAUGGUUAAGAGGGAGUGGGAGUGAAUGGUGCGAGAGAGGGAGGUCGUCAGAUCAACCACUGCAGCCUGUGACGUACCUUAAACCACUGCCGUCCCGUUGUCCUGUGAGGAGUCAGGACGUUCCUCCUCUGCUUUCCUCUCCCGCCUGCUCCUUUGCCCCUCUCUCUCUCGCCAAUGAAAUCACAAGGCCCCUCUUGUCCCCUGUCCCGUCCCAUACAGGAUGAGCUCCCGCUGCAGAGACGGACCCCCUGGCAUCCAUCUAACGUCACCCUGCUCCACACCCCAAAUACUUUAUCCGAGUUAACUUUUACAGGGGGUUCCUGCUUUCCUCCGAUUUGUCACCCCCAUCUCUCCACAUUGUCGGUGGUACACAUCGUGAUCUGGCAUGUUUGAAUUUCUUUCCUCUUUUUCUUUGUUUGAUUUUUUUUGCAGAUUGGUUUGGUCUGCACCUCUGAGGACAAACCUUACUGACUUACAAAAACAAAACACUUACACUGGAAUAAUUGUGAUUUAUUGUUAUUGUUUAUCAUGCCAAUU